AUGGCAAUACGGAGCCUAUUUUUUCGCAUUUUGCUAUUGCUUCUGGGUCUGGCACUGGACAGAGCCUCCACCCAUGCAUUCAACCGUCGCCUUCAACAGCACAAAAUCCUCCACCUCGACUGGCCGAAGGACUGUGGCCUGGCUCAUUUUCAAACCAAACACAGUGGAGCGUAUGUGUCAGGCAACGAAGCAAGACCUCACUCCUGGCCGUGGCAGGUCUCCGCUGCAGUCGUCCCCAGAGGCAGUAAACAUUAUGUUCAUGUGUGUGGAGGGACUCUGAUCCAUAAGAAUUGGGUUCUGACUGCUGCUCACUGCUUCCAGAAGGGAAAGGCAGAGGAUGCUAGUAGCUGGCGUAUCGUUUUUGUAAGCAUCAGUGAAAGAUCAGAGACCGCAGAACGAUUCUUUCCAGUGAAGAGGAUCUACAGGCAUGAGCACUUCCGCUAUCCCGCCCACAGUGAAAUGGACUAUGAUAUUGCAUUGGUUAAAGCUGCCACGGACAUCCAGCCAAGUAACUUUAUUCGCUAUGCCUGCCUGCCGCGCAAGCAGAUCAACCUUAAUCCAGGGCACUACUGCAUGGGGACGGGCUGGGGGGAUACACGAGGUGGAAAAGAAAAUGUGUCACUAGCUGAAGCACUGAACCAAGCUCGGCUCCCAAUCAUUGACUAUAAGCCUGCCGGCAGAAGAAGUUCUGGGGUGGACCGUGUGAGAGACUCCAUGAUUUGUGCUGGGUUCAGAGACACAGAAGGGACCCCAGCUGCAUGCCAGGGUGACUCAGGUGGCCCUCUGCUAUGCCAGGUUGGGCGUGGACCGUGGGAGGUUCGUGGCAUUGUGAGCUUUGGUCCCAUUGGAUGCACAGUGGAAAACCAGCCCAGUGUCUUCACUCGCCACCGCAGCCUACAUCCAUGGAUCGAGGCCACACGCAUCAGGGAUUUCUUCUUGCACUAAAUUCCCACCUGCAAAAAAUCCCUGCCCACGACAAGUUGUGACAGCAACAGAUUUAGUGCCAUGUCCCUGUCUGGGUCAGGCCCAUGGACCUGCUUAUUCAUUUGUGGGUCCAUGAACUGGUAGCUGGUGUACAGCAUCACAAUCCCAAGUCACCAAGUUAGGGUUAGUUUGCACCAGUUGUGGGACUUUUCUCCGCUAUGUAUGUGAGAUUCUUCUGGGCUUCGCUGUAGUACAUAAACUGCUUUCAGCUAUAUCACAAUGAUCUGCACUUUGUGUUCGGCAAGCCAAGCAACAUUUUUUGUAAAACAAGUCCUGGCUAUUCUGCAUUACACUCAUCAAGUCAGCUGGCUUUGUUUUUUUCUUCUGUAUGGUUUGGCAUGUGCAUUUGCCCUCUUGUGGGCAGUCCAGCGUUCAGUUGCUAAGGUGCUUUGACAGUCAGCGUCAAGUAGCAAUAGAAAAUAUCACCUGAAGAGGGAGGCAGUCUCCUGCUUUUCAUUGAACAACACAGCUAGAUGGAAAU